AUGGCACUAGUUCCAAAUCAUUGCCCAUCGUGCGGAAAGCAAUUCAAGGACCAUACCUCCGUUGCUCGUCAUAUGAGUCAACCUCGUUCUGGCUGUAAUAGCUGGCUAGACAACUUAAUCCAACUCAACUCCAUCUUGCCACCUAGUAUGGAACAUGAUCCCAUGGUGGUGGACGACAUCGACGACCCUCAAGUAGAUGCGAGUUUCUAUGAUUUCUGGAGUCAAGGAGAGGAUUUGUACUCUGAAGGUGGAACUCGGGAUGAGGACAGUGAGGUCAAAGCAACCGACUAUUUUCUGGAGCCCCCGCUGGCUUUCGAAGAAGGUUACACAUUUUUAAGCUUAUUCAAUGCUGAUGAAAACAGUAUAUAUCACAAAACAAAUUUCUACUAUCCAUUCAGUGCACUAGAGAUGAUCAAUGACCUACCUUUAUCCUUCCAUUCAGCAAAAGAGCUAUGUGGUCAAGCUGAAUUGCUGCCUAGUGGUCUGUGUUGGAAGUCCCAGGUUAUUCAAAUGUCGCAUCCCACAAAGUCUCCAGCUGUUCUUUACUGGCGGGAUCCUCUUGAAUGUAUCGCUACGAUAUUCAACCAUCCUUUAUUUUGCAAUUGUCUCGACUACACGUCUCGCAAGGAGUAUAGCACAAUGCAGAGGCACUCUCGGAUAUAUACUGAAUGGAUGAUGGGUGAUCAUGCCUGGGAGAUGCAGUCGACACUUCCCUGUGGCGCAACUCUCCUUGGAACUAUUCUAUCAUUGGACAAGACAUGCAUUACUGCAUUGUCAGGUGAUCGUGUCGCACACCCUCUCCUCAUCAGCCUCACCAACAUCUACAUGACCACGCUGUAG